AUGUCUGCAGAAUCCAAGGUCGUUUCAACCAACUGGAGAUUAGUCCAAGUCGGUAGAGUUGUUUUAGUUCAAAACAAGUUAGCAGCAAUUGUUGAAAUCAUUGAUCAAAAGAGAGUUUUGAUUGAUGGUCCAUCUGUUGCAAGACAAGCAAUCUCUUUAGGUAGAGUUGUUUUAACUCCAUUAGUCUUAGAAGGUCUACCAAGAGGUGCAAGAACCGGUGUUGUCUCUAAGAAGUGGGCUGCUGCAGAAAUCGAUGCUAAGUGGGCAAAGACCAGCUGGGCAAAGAAGAUUGCACAAAGAGAGAGAAGAGCUCAAUUAAAUGACUUUGAAAGAUUCCAAGUUUUAGUCUUAAAGAAGCAAAGAAACUUUGCUGUUAAGAAGGCUUUAGCAAAAGCUUAA